AUGCUGUGGUCUCUAAAAUUAACGGCAAUGCCUGGAAUCAGGUUUUCGAAAGCUAGUGCUCGUUCAGCACCUACAUCACGUGUGAGGUACCAAGAACCACGAAGAUUUACUCAGGGGUACAUAGUGGCCGAAGUGACGGAAGUCACAACCAAUCAUGUUGAUGGUGCACUGCAAGAAACAAUUCUCAAAAAUAUCGACGAAGCUAUUAUCGAAGGAAAACCCAAAAAGUUACUAUCUUUCAAGCUUGCUUUUACAGGUCUCGCUGCCAGUAUGUUUGUUUUCCAAAUAGAUGCAACGUCUCUUGGAAUUGCCCUCCCAAUUGUAGCGGAAGAAUUGCAUGGCGAAAGUUUGCAGAGCUUCUGGGCCAACAUGUCCUAUACUCUGUGUGGUCUCAUCAUGCAACCACCUUGGGCCAGUAUGUUAGAUGUCUUCGGUCGAAAGACAUCUUUCUAUAUAUGCAUUGUAUUCUUUUUCAUCAGCUCAAUCGUUUUUGCGCUUGCAAAAGACAUGAAUGCCAUUAUCGUCGGUCGAGUGCUUCAAGGAUUUGGCGGAGGAGGAAUCGACGUGCUUGUAGAAAUUAUACUUUCGGAUAUUACAAUAUUGAAAGAACGUUCAUUCUAUCUUGGAUUAAUGGCAAUUCCAAUGCCGUAG